AUGAAGGCGCCAGUACGGUUGCGUGGGAGUCCGGAUGUACCGGAGUUUCCAGUCAAUUCAGACCCGAACAUUCUCGAUCAGUUCUACCUUCGAAUGCUAGGGCCCGGCGGUGACAAGAUGCUCACGGAGGAGGUCAAAUGGCAAACCGUUACGCACAAAAGCUUUGAUCAAGGACGAAGAGGCUUCAACGAGAGAUUGUCUUACCUGGGCAAGCAAAUUGUGCAGCUUCAGGCUUCACUCUCCCUGUUGGAAGGCUCGUCCAGUGCUUCCCCGGAAAAGUUGGAGGAUCCAUACGGUCGGACGGCGUUCGAACAUCCGUCUUUGCAAGGGUUGGACAUUCUCACCGAAGACAACAAGAAUAUGAGGGUAAACCGAACGAAACUGGCAGAGCUCGCCCAGCAAUAUAAGCUACAGGAAGUCCUGAGAUGGGUACCGAGAUAUCGCAAUGAUCUUGCGGCAUCCGGAUUAGAAGUCGUUUUGACCCAGGCGAUUUACGCGGUGGUUGGCGCCGUUGCGCUGGAGAAAGGGGGUGCGGUUGCGAACCAGGUAGCUAGGGAUUCUAUACUGAAGCCACUGGGGUUUGACGUCGGCAUGCCACGAGAGACUCUAUAG